AUGAGCGCAGCUCCUGAAGUAUUGCAAGUGAACAGCCCAGCGCCUUCGGUCAGCCCCGUUACUGACUCCUCCAUCAACGAGAGCUCAGUUGAUACUGCGGCUGAGGUGAUCUCGAAGGGCCCCAGCAAGUGGGAACGGCUACGUUUCUGGCGAAAGAAGCAAGCUGCCAGUGAUGCAGCUGAGAUUUUGCCUAUGACCAACGAUGUUCCUAAAGAACCUCCUACACCCCCAACGGGUAUGAGGUUAAAAUGGUUGAAGCUUAAGGAGUGGCAUAAGACUGUUUGGCCUGGUGCUAACAUACCCAAGAUUAUUGCUAUAUAUGCUCUUGGUCUAAUUCUAUGGUGGUUGGUCCCUGAAGGCCUUGGCCACGAUACAUGGCAAGUGUUCGUACUCUUUAUUUGCACUAUUGUUGCUGCCGUUGCUGAGCCCCUGCCAUUGGCUGGUGUAUGCUUGGUCAGUCUGGGUAUGUGUGCUGUUACUGGUGUUCUCACCACAGAGCAAAUGUUGUCUGGAUUCGCUAACAGUUCGGUGUGGCUCGUCAUGUUUGCUUUCUUCUUCUCAAGUGGUUUUGCCGCCACGGGACUCGGUAAGCGCAUGUGCUUUAUGGUCCUCAAAUACGUUGGCGCGACAACCCUUGGUCUAGGCUAUGGUAUUUGCCUUUGUGAACUGGUACUUUCUUUGGCCAUCCCUUCGUGUACUGCAAGAGCUGCUGGGGUGUUGCUACCGAUUCUACAUCCCCUUAUGCAAGAAGCUUUCCAGUCGGAUCCUUCUCUAGGGACGCAAGGCCGAGUUGGAACCUACAUCGUUCUGGUGGAGAUCAGUGCUGAUGCUGUUGCUGCUGCUUUCUGGCUUACUGGUGGUGCUUGGAAUGCUAUGAUGGUGCAGUUUAUGAACGACGUUGGUGUUAAUCUAUCGUGGGUAGGCUGGGCAUAUUCCCAAGCUCCCGCUGGUAUUAUACAGUUGGCUUGUGUUCCACUGACGGUGUACUUUCUCUAUCCUCCUGAAAUCAAGAAAACCCCUGAGGCGCCCAAACUGGCUACAGAAAAGUUGCAGGAAAUGGGUUCCAUGGGAGCGAGAGAAAUAACGAUGCUUGUGGUCUUCAUCGGUAUGGUAUUGCUAUGGAUUUUAUCUUCAAUUGUCAAGACUGUAUUCCCCUUCACUUCGACUGGUGUUGCAGCUAUGGGCGUUGGUGUUCUUCUCUUGUGUGGUAUCAUUGACGUCAAGAAGGAUAUCAUCACUGACAAAGGUGCCUUCAACUUGCUCUUGUGGUUCUCGGUGCUCCUCAUGCUCGCCUCUGAGUUGAAGAAUAAGGGUUUCUGGGUGUGGCUGGCUAAUCUUAUCGACCUUAGCUCCCUUCCCCCAUAUGCAUGCCUUGUUGUAGUGUGUCUAAUUUUCUAUGUGACACAGUAUGUAUUCGCUUCUAUCACAGCCCAUGUAUCAGCUCUCUAUCCCGCAUUGUUGCAAGUAGCUCUAGCUGCUGGAGUGCCGCCUGAGGUUGCCUGUCGCGCCCUUGCUCUAUGUACUUGGUCAGGGCAUCUAACUCCCUAUACCUCCGCGGCCAACCCGGCAUACUUCGGCAUGGGCUAUGUGACUAACAAGCAGUGGUGGGUUACUGGUAUAUGUGUGCUUGGUGUUAAUUUUGUUCUGUUGAUAUCUGUGAGCUUCGGUUACUGGUGGCUCCUUGGUUACUGGAACCAUUGA